AUGAAAGAGGGUGAGAAUGUUGAUACGUACUUCGCUCGAACACUCAUCAUAGCAAACAAGAUGAAGAUUCAUGGUGAAAACAUGCAGCCAGUGGUGAUCAUUGAAAAGAUCAUGAGAUCAAUGACCUUAAGGUUCAACUAUGUUGUGUGUUCGGUUGAAGAAUCUAAUAACUUAGACACCUUUACCAUUGAUGAGUUGCAGAGCAGCUUACUGGUACAUGAGCAGAGGAUGAACGGGCAUGGAGGAUAUGAGCAGGCAUUAAAGGUGACCUACGAUGAUAGAAUUGGUGGAAGAAGAGGCGGUUGA